UUCCCUCCCAACACCAAUCAAACUCAAACCUCAUCAAAGAAGUCAAUAAAUUCUCCCACCAUGCUUCUCCCCCUAAUUAUCCUACUGGCCUCCUGCAUCCUAAUUCCACUAACAAUCCGCCGCCUCUCCGGCAACCUCAGAGCCGAAAAGACACCGGCAAAUGCAACCAACAGCGGCCGGCUGUUGCCGCCCGGGCCACAUGGGCUUCCCAUACUGGGCUACCUCCCCUUCAUCGGGCCCAACCUCCACCAAGACUUCAUGAACCUGGCCCUACACUACGGCCCAAUCUUCAAGCUCUCCCUCGGCCGGAAGCUCUGCGUCGUCGUCAGCUCCCCUUCCCUGGCCAAACAGGUCGUCCGUGACCAUGACGUCACGUUCGCCAACCGGAACCCGAACGUCGCCGCUGGGGUGUUCUCAUACGGCGGCAGGGACAUCGCCUUCUCGCCGUACGGCGCCGAGUGGCGGCUGCUGCGAAAGAUAUUCGUCCACAAAAUGCAGAGCAAGCAGAGUAUGGAUUCUUUCUACCCGCUCCGGAGGAAGGAGGUGAGGAAAAUGGUGGCGGAAUUGUACAACGGCGGCGGCGGUGAGGUGGACGUGGGAAGGGUGGCGUUUACGACGGUGAUCGGGAUGAUAUCGGGGAUGUUCUGGGGUGGGACCCUUGGGAACGGAGAUGGUGAUGAUGACGUGGCGAAGGUGGUCGGCGGCGAGUUUCGGUCGACGGCUUCGAAGCUUGUGGAGGUGCUGGGCAGGCCUAAUGUUUCGGAUUUCUUCCCGAUUCUCGCCAGGUUUGAUUUACAAGGAGUGAAGAAGGAAAUGAAGAGAGUGUCGGGUGGGAUGGAGAAGAUAUUCGAUUUCGUGAUUGAUCGGUGCAUUGAUGAUAUGAUGAACAAGCCAAGAUCACACGAUGAUCAUAAUGGUCAGCAAGAUUUCUUGCACUCCUUGUUGGAGUUCAAGGACCAAGAUACUGGAAAUUCCAUCACAAGACAGCAGAUUAAGGCAAUGCUCAUGGACAUCGUCAUCGGAGGAACCGACACAAGCUCGACCACGAUCGAAUGGGCAAUGUCCGAACUGAUACAACAUCCCGAAGUCAAGAAAAUCGCCCAACAAGAGUUGACACGAGUGAUUGGUCCCGACAGCGUUGUGGAAGAAUCCCACAUUCCCAAUUUGCCAUUUCUCCAUGCCAUCGUGAAGGAGACACUGCGAUUGCACCCGGUGGCGCCUCUGCUCCUCCCUCGUUGCCCAACCAAAGGCUGCCACGUCGGCGGCCACUUCAUUCCCGAGGGGACCAAGGUUUUCCUCAACGUGUGGGCGAUGCACAGGGACCCUGAAUUCUGGGUCGAUCCGACGUCGUUCCACCCGGAGAGGUUUCUGAAUGAGAAUGAUGAACAGCCCACCAGGAGCUUAGAUUACUUGGGCGGGAGCUUCCAUUAUCUUCCGUUUGGGUCGGGGAGAAGAAUCUGUGCCGGUUUGCCGCUCGGCGAGCGGAUGGUUAUGUAUGUUUUGGCGACGCUUUUGCAUAUGUUUGAUUGGGAACUUCCUGAAGGUGUUGUGGCAGACACGAAGGAGAAGUUUGGGGUUGUGUUGGAGAAGGUAAAUCCUUUGGUUUUGGUAUCGAGGCCUAGAUUGCCCAAUUUGAGUCUUUACAAGUAGACAACGGCUGGUUAAUAGUACCAUGGUGUCAUAAUAUUACUUCAUGCUACCGGCCAGUUGGUCGGAGGAAGGUGAGGUAUGAAAUUUGAUAAUGUAAUAGUGUGUAUAGCUUAUUGUUUGAAGUGAAUUUAAUUGAUAAAAAUUAUUAUGUUAUUUAUUUUAUGAGUAUAAAAGUUAAAUAUUGAU